AUGAAUAAAGAGGAGGAUACCCCUUCAGUCGUCUUCGACCUGGUCGAGGAAGUAGUUCAGACAGUAUCUGCCGUUGCUGACAAGAAAGAGGAGGAUACCCCUUCAGUCGUCUUCGACCUGGUCGAGGAAGUAGUUCAGACAGUAUCUGCCGUUGCUGAGAAGAAAGAGGAGGAUACCCCUUCAGUCAUCUCCGAGCUGAUCGACGAAGUAUCUCAGACAGUAUCCGCCAAUGCUGACAAGGAAGAGGAAGAUAYCCCUUCAGUYAUYUCCGAGCUGGUGGAAAAAGUAGUUCAGACAGUAUCCGCCAAUGCUGAAAAGAGAGAGGAGGAUAUCUCUUCAGUCAUCUCCAACAACGCUGAGCAAGACGUGGAGGUUACCCCUUCAGUCAUCUCCGAGCUGGUUGAAGAAGUAGUUCAGACAGUGUCCGCCAAUGCUGACAAGAAAGAAGAAGAUAUCCCUUCAGUUAUUUCCGAGCUGGUCGAGGAAGUAGUUCAGACAGUAUCUGCCAAUUCURACAAGAAAGAGGAAGAUAUCCCUUCAGUCGUCUCCAAGCUGGUCGAGGAAGUAGUUCAGACAGUAACUGACAACGCUGAGCAAGACGUGGAGGAUUUCCCUUCAGUCAUUUCCGAGCUGGUCGACGAAGUAGUUCAGACAGUAUCUGCCAAUGAUGACAAAAAAGAGGAGGUUACCCCUUCAGUCGUCUCUGAGCUGGUUGACGAAGUAGUUCAGACUGUAUCUGCCACUGCUGACAAGAAAGAGGAGGAUAUCCUUUCAGCUAUUGCAGAAUCUGUCAACACUUAUCAKGURUUGGAGCAUAUGCCUUUAGCAGUUACYGCCGCGGUCGAGGAAGUCGUCCASACAGUAUCUAAUAAGGCUGUCAAGAAUUUGGAUGAUAUCCCUCCAUCUGUUGCCGCCCUGGUAAAAGAGGUCGUCCAGAUUGUGUCUGUCGCUGAACACGAAGUGGAGGCUUCAUCAGGUGAAGACGACAGUAAACUCKUUCCUGGAAAGUCUAAAGCCGAUGUACAAGCUAUCAGGAAAMAGAAGWUUUGCUAUAAAGAAGUGGCCGAGACAUGGCGUCCUGAUCACACGUUUCAUCCUAUAUUCCUUAACCAAGUAACGGGACGAUGCCUGGAUUUUACGCAGAGAGAUAUAUUGAGUCAUCCUCUAAGCCGUCGUGAGCGACUWUCCCUUGUAAGCAGUGUCCUUGAUGAUAGUGAUGUACAGGAAUUGGUUGUUUAUCCCCAGCACGACGAUGACGAAACACUGUAUCUGGGAACACAGGUCAAGAGGAUGAAAGAGUGCAAUGYAUCUACGCAGAAUGCACAUGGAACUGACGUACCCUCUAAUGGAAUAUCUUCCUCGGCUUCUGUUGUCAAAGAAACUGAUAAAACUCCAGACGUAAGCAAAUCAGAUGUUCACGUUAUCAAAKAUAUCCACUCUGUAACAACUGUUGUCGCAGUCAAAGAAGAAGCACCUGAAAACCUAUGUUCAGAGUAUGCUAACGAAUCAAAAGAAGAACUCAAACGCAUGACUGUCAAUGGCGACAAUGCAUCAGCAAGCAACAAGAAAAUGCUGUCAUGUGAAGAUGAGGAGCAACCACCUAAUACCCAGUUACUUGAUCUCAAYAAACAUGUUGUCAAGAAAAGGAUUCCUGAUCCGAAGUUUCAGGCUAUCUUUAUGAACCAAGUAACAGGACAAUGCCUGGAUUUCACAGACAGAGACGUGUUGAGGCAUCCCCUAAGCCGCCGUGAGCGACUUUCGUUGGUUAGCAGUGUCCUUGAUGCUAGUGACAUACAUGAAUUAGUUCUUCAUCCUGAACAUGAUGACGACGAAACGCUUUAUCAAGGUACUACAAGAGUUGAGACUUCAUAUCCACAAGCUUUGGCAAAAGCAAAGCAAGUUGGUGAUAAAACGAAAGACAACUCCAUCUUUAAAGGCAGCAAAGAGAGUUCAAAUCAACUGUUCACGAAAAUUAUGACCGCAUUGCCAGCAUUACCUUUUAAUGGAGCUGCGAAGCUAAGUAAGGGUCCCACGAAAAGCCGCGGUGAAUAUACCUUAACGAAUGAUGAGCAGCAGAAUCAGGGCUGCGGUCUCACCAUGUCAUCAUCGGACGAGAUACUCCAACAGUCAAGUCAUGAUACCCUCAAGAGAAUGCYAAGAAAAAAGCUCAAAGUAGACGACGAAAUCGAGGCACAAAAGAUAAAAGYAACCAUGAUGGAAAUAAACAAACAUCGAGGAAUGUCUCAACUCAGUCCAGUCAGCACUGCRUUUGUUGUAAAGUUCCUCAAAGCGAGGAAGUUUGAUGUCGAUGAUGCAGUGGAACUAUACCACAACUAUAUGUUGCAGAGAAAAUUGUAUUUUGUAAGUGAUUCCUCACCGAUAAGAAAUCCUUUAAAAGCAGAACUAUUGUCYGGCAGAUUUACAAUACUUGAUAAGCGUGACGAUAACGGAACAGCCAUUGCUGUAUUUACGGCUCAGCGAAAUUCUAGAGAGCAAAACCACAGAGUUGUGCUGACCAACAUUUACUUACAGCUCAACGAGGCUUUGAAGAGUCCACAGACACAAACCAAUGGUAUGAURCURUUGURCGAUUUCUCAAAUACGUCAUAUUUGACAAGUGAUUCGCAACUGUGUAUCAACAUCGUCAACUUGCUCAAGGACGCAUACCCUGUACGCCUCAUUAAAACCUUCAUYAUUUCGCCUCCAUUCUGGAUUGAAUCAGAACUCAAAUUUUGCUCAAAACUGUUGCGUGGUACAAACAGAGAAAAGAUUCUCUUUGUCUCUCGAUCUGGUCUAAAGAACCAUUUGUGUUUGGACUGUAUUCCUCAAGGACUUGGAGGAAAACUCCAUGUCGAUUAUAUGUCAUGGAUAGACCAGUGCAUCCUGGGAUAUUCUGAGCAACUUGUAAAAGAGCCAUUAAUGAGGCCAAGAUAUUGCAAUUAUAAAGGAUGACUUAUAUCAAUUGAUGAAUUUGUAAAUAUUGAUGAUUUAUAUAUAUUAGUUUUUAUAAAUAAAAAUAUGACGUGAAUGAG